AUGGAUCCAACGACUAGCCUAACCGUUAUCUAUCAAGUCGUAAUAGUUAUUAAACAAACUGUUCACGAGGUCAAAGCUAAUCAAGAACAAUGUCAACGACUUGGGGGAAGAAUCGAUGCCAUUACUUCGGUCUUGGAAUCACUGAACGACCAAGAUCUGCAAAGACAAGAGCUUCAAAAGUCUUUGAGUAAUUUUCAUAGCUGUGUCAAUCAAUGUCUAGAAUUUGUGAAAAAAUUCGCAGAUAAAACUUCCUGGUUUGAUCAAAUCUUUAAGAACCAAAAUUACAAGAAGCAAUUUGAAGAAUUGAAUCUGCAAUUGUCUCAAUGUGCCACUGAUCUCAAUUUGGGUGUCAAUUUGAAGCAGAUAUUUGAUCCGAAACUUGACGAGAGUGAUCAAAGAAAAGAUCUAAAUGCCAUUCAAUCCAAAAUCGACGACAUUGCAUCAAUGAUGGCAGAAAUGCAAUCUGAACAACUUCGCCACUACAAUCGUUUGGAGAACACUAUUACCGAAAGAUUCAAUUCAUUCAAACAUAAACUCGAACAGAGUAUUCUAAAAAUUAGCGACCCUGUCCGAGGCGCAAGGAUUGCUGAGGAGGAGCACGCAUUUCUUCAUAUUCCAUAUCAUGAUUUAAUACAAGAGAAACGCCUCGGACAAGGUGGAUUUUCCGAUGUUUAUCGUGGAAAAUGGCUAGAUAUAAUGGUAUUAUCAAAGCCGUCAGAUUUUGUUGCUACAAAUGGAGAUGCAUCGGUUUUUCUUCAAUGGUCUCCUGUGUUGAACGCAACCCAAUAUGAAAUUCAAAUAAAAGCUGAGGAUACUUGGGCAAAAAAUAUUCAUUAUACAACAGCCACAAGUUUUAUAGGAACUGAUUUAAAAAAUGGAACGCAUUAUCUUGCUCAAGUAAUAGCAAUUAAUGCAGUCAGGCAAAAUGAACCGUCCAUUACUUUGAAAAUCAGACCGAAAGUGGGUCAAUCUUUGUUCAAUCUUUCGAUUAAGCGUGGACAACAACAAGGGCAAAUGAGUUUAAAAUUUAGAGCUGUUCCAACUGACCUUGGUUAUAAAAUCGAACGAUGUGAUGUAGCUGAUAUGAGUGUAUAUAUCUGUGUGGCUACUAUCAAAGACAAGAACACUGUGAGCUAUGAAGACAAAACCAAUUGCGACCCAUUACAACACUCCUGUCUGGGUCAUUAUUAUACAAUGUCAAUUCCUGAUGCGAUCUGGUGGCCCGGAACUGGAGUGUUAAGUAGAAAAGUAUUUUGUAUACGGACCGCAUCAGCGAGGUCUGGUACUGUUCCGCAAACAACUCCUUUGCUCAAACACAACUCUAGUGAAGCGUCUGCGGCAAGCAAUCUCCAUAUGGAUCCAUGGGGCAAUCUGCCUACGAAUCCAGAAGGCAAUCUCCCUACGGAUCCAUGGGGCAAUCUGCCUACGAAUCCAGAAGGCAAUCUCUCUACGGAUCCAUGGGGCAAUCUCCCUACGGACCCAUGGGCCAAUCUCCCUACGAAUCCAUGGGGCAAUCUCCCUACGGACCCAUGGGCCAAUCUCCCUACGAAUCCAUGGGGCAAUCUCCCUACGAAUCCAGAAGGCAAUAUCCCUACGAAUCGAUCACCACAACAGCUAACACAAUCAGCCACAGGUGCAAAUUCGAAGCAAUUGAUGUAUGUGCGUAAAGGUGAUUUGACAACAGAACAAACUGAUGUUAUUGUCGUGUGCUCGUCAUCACAGGUUUUGCUCGAAAAUAUUUUCAGAGCCAGUGGAGAUACGGUAAAGACUGCGUACAAUAUUGAAUCGAAACAAAAGUCGCCAACUGUCAUUGUUGUUGCUGCUGGUGGGCAACUCGCAGCGAAAAAAAUUUACUUUCUUCCAUGGCAACCAAAUUCCGAUGCAGCUCUACUUUGUGAAUCGUUGAAAAAAUUUGUCUCAAACGCAAUCGAAAAAGCGGUAACUGACAAUUAUAAAAGUAUCGCAUUUCCAGCCAUCGGUUGCGGCCAGUUUGGCUGCCAAAUCAGCCUUGUUGCUAAAACAAUUGUCGGGGAAGCCUGUCGACUACUGGCCACACAUCCAAUUUCGAUUUCAUUUAUAAUACAACCAGAUAGAACCGAUAUUUAUGAUGAAUUUCAAAAGCAAAUCGAUUCAUUACAACAGCCGCAACAACCUCCAGAAAUGAUAGCAGUAUCUGCGACAAUUGGAAACGGAAUGAUUACAGUUGAAAAAGGAGAUAUAACAACACAAAAGGUCGACGUUAUUAUUGGAAGCUUAUCAUCGGAAAUUUUAAAACAGAGCAUAAUAAAGGCGGCUGGCAUUGAAGUUAAAACGGCUUAUGAAACCGAAUCUAAAAAUAAUCCGAAUUCAAUUCUUAUUUCAACUCUACCCGGCCAAUUACCUUGUAAACGAAUCUUUUUUCUUAAAUGGCAACCAGAUGCAAAUGACGCUAUAUUUCGACAAUCAAUCGUUGACUUCAUAUGGAAUGUUAUGCAAAAUGUCAUUUCGUAUAAUUACACGUCGAUUGCGUUUCCGGCUAUCGGAUGCGGAAAACACGGCUGUUCCGUAGAUAUUGUAGUUAAAACGAUGGUUAAAGAAAUUAAAAACCAGUUGAAAAUAAGAAAUUUAUCAUUAACAGUCAAAUUCGUGAUAGAGCCUGAGCAGCAAAACGUGUAUGAUGAAUUUUGUACACAAGUCUUGGGAUCUGAGGAAGCAGCUUCUGAAAAAUCGGUCGUUGAUCAACUGCCAUCAUUGUGGGAGCGAUCGACAGAAAACAAAAUACGCUUUGUGGUGUCUAACAUUACAGAUGAAUAUAAAUCAAUUGUGACCGACUUCGAUCAAACAAUGAAAGGAAAAUAUAGACAAAUAAUACAAGUCGAACGAAUUCAAAAUGAAAGAUGGUACAUGCAAUAUUUAGCGCACAGUCAAGAUUUCAAAAAAAGGCUUAACACAGAUACUGAAAAGCGUUUAUAUCAUGGUUGUCCUCAAGAAGCAGCACAUUUGAUUAUGGAGGAUUGUUUUAAUAGAAGUUUCGCUGGAGUGAAUGGCAAGUCUUUUUCUUGUGUUCUUGCAAUUUCUAUUGUAGUUACUUCACUUUCAGGUACGGUAUAUGGGUUUGGUGUUUAUUUUUCGUCAAAUGCAGCCUAUAGUCACAAUUAUACUUUACCAAAUUCAAAUGGAGAACGAUGUAUGUUUGUCUCGCGUGUUCUGAUUGGGAAAACGACUAAGGGUAAUAGUUCAAUGAAAACUCGACCUGUGGGAUUCGAUUCGACAACGGAUGGAAAUCAUAUUUUUGUUACCUACCAUGAUGCACAAGCUGUUGCCGAAUAUUUAAUUACAUACAAAUAG